AUGGGUAAAGGACUGUUCGAAAGUCUUCGCGAUUAUCCGCCAGCUGUUUUUUUUAUGCUUGGCAAUGAAUUUUGUGAGCGAUUUAGCUUUUAUGGAAUGCGUGCCAUUUUAACAAUCUAUGUGAUUAUUGAGCACCAUUUUAGCGAAAGUCAAGCGUCGUUAUUCUAUCAUGCUUUCGUCUCAUUAGCCUAUCUCUCGCCUUUGUUUGGAUCAAUUGCUGCUGAUAAUUAUUUUGGACGUUUCCGAGUCAUUUUAUGGGUUUCAGUUAUUUAUAUUAUCGGUCAUGCAUUACUCUCAUUUGGAGCCAUACCAUUUUUAAACUAUGGUACAAGGUCCACAUUCGAUUUUAGUGGACUUAUUCUCAUUGCAUUAGCAACGGGUGGUAUUAAGCCAUGCGUAUCUGCAUUUGCUGCUGAUCAGUUUAACGAGAAUCAAAAGAGUGAACGGGCUCAGUUCUUCUCAUUCUUUUAUUUCUCCAUUAAUGCUGGAUCUUUUAUUGCAAUUUUAUUAACACCAAUGCUCCGUGGCCGCAUUAAAUGCUUUGGAUCCGAUUAUUGCUUUCCAUUAGCUUUCGGUAUACCUGGAAUUUUGAUGCUUUUGGCGUUUAUUUUGUUUAUUUCUGGCUAUAGAUUUUAUAAAGUCACACCGGCUGCCAAAGGAAAUGUUGUAUUUAAUGUUAUCGGCUGCAUUUUUUAUGCUGGAAAGCAAAAAAUCCUCGCAUUAUUCAAGGGAAAUUGUCAAAAAAAAACGCAUUGGCUAGAUUAUGCAUCUCCAAAAUAUAGCGACGAGUUUCUUUUCGGUGUUCGGAAUUUUGUUGCAGUUUCUAUUCUUUUCGCACCAAUUAUUUUCUUCUGGGCACUUUUUGAUCAGCAGGGUAGCACUUGGGUGUUGCAGUCAAGAAGAAUGGAUGGCAGAGUUGGGCCUCUAACGAUUUUACCUGAUCAAAUGAAUACAUUCAAUCCAUUAAUUAUCUUAAUAAUAGUACCACUAUUCGAAGCAUACAUUUAUCCAAUGGCACGAAGAUUCGUUAAAGUAACACCAUUGAGAAAAAUGGCCUUGGGUGGUUUAUGUGCUGCUAUUGCUUUUAUGGUGGCUGGGUUUCUGCAGCUUGAAGUUAAUAAAACAAUGGAACCUCGUCCUAAACCAGGCCAUGUAUUUUUGCACCAAUUAGGCAACUCGUCUUCACAGUUUUUCAUCAAUGAAACUCUCGUAGAUCAUGGUAAAAAUGAUUAUCCAGCUGGAAUUUAUACCAUCUCUUCUAAUGAUAAUAAAAAGUUUACCCUCGAUUUGUCCGAUGAUUCCAAAGGAUAUGUUCUCGGUUUGUACAACAUUGACAAUAACACAAUGAGCAUGUCACUAAUUAAUUAUAAUUACGAAAAAUCAGAAAAUGGUCGGACCAGGUUGUAUCUACUCGUACCAAAUAAUUCCAAACUCAAUGGUGGUCAUUUCUUUGUUGUCGAUUAUAAAGGAAAUAUUCAUACUGAAACUUAUAUUAAAUCAGGUGCAUAUGUAGAUAUACAACCAGCUUUAAUAAGUUCACCCGAUUAUACGUUUAUAUUUGGUGCGAAUUGCACAAAAGAUGACUGCGUAUAUAAAACUCCAUUUUAUGCGCAAAUGGGAGCAGCAUAUGUUGUAGAAAUUAUGGAAGGAAAUACUGAAAUAUAUACGGUCGUUAGGCCGAACAGUGUGAAUAUGUUGUGGCAGUUGCCACAGUUUUUCAUUAUAACUAUUGGAGAAAUACUUUUUUCAAUCACCGGCUUAGAAUUUUCUUACUCUCAAGCGCCAGCAAAUAUGAAAUCGGUUCUACAGGCUGUUUGGCUUAUGACGGUUUUUUUGGGUAAUGUGAUAGAUAUGUUUAUUUCUGGAUCUCAUAUAAUCACUGAACCAGCCAAUGAAUUUUUUGCUUAUUCAUUAUUAACAUUUUUCGUUGUUUUAAUCUUUAUUUUAUUAGCCAAAAAUUACAUAUACGUCGAAGAUCGGCCAAAUGAGCAAAUUUUCAAGGAUAAAAAAAGACCAUUGGCUUUAACACAUUCUGAAAAAGCAAUAUAA